AUGUCUAUCGAGUACAAAUUUCAUCCAAAUAAAAAAGCCACGAUAAUAACAGCUCCAUUUUCAGGAGGUCAACCAAAAGGUGGUGUUGAAUUAGGCCCAGAAUACAUCUUGAAUGCUGGUUUCCAAAAACAAAUUGAUUCACUUGGAUGGAAAACUACGGUGGAAAAUCCUCUUGAAAAAGUUUCACUUGAAGAAAAAAAAUCAAACAUCAAAGAUGAAUAUGGAGUCAAGAAUGCUGCUAUUGUUAGUAAAUGCUGUCAAUUAAUUUUUGAUGCUAGUAAAAAAAGUUUGAGUGAAGGCAAAUUACCCUUGGUUGUUGGUGGAGAUCACUCUAUUGGAACUGCCACCGUUGGUGCCAGCUUGGCGCAUAACCCCGAUACUUGUGUUGUUUGGGUUGACGCACAUGCAGAUAUCAACAGUCCCAAAACAUCCGACUCUGGUAACUUGCAUGGAUGUCCAUUGAGUUUCCUUAUGGGAAUUGACGAAGACACAUACCCCCCAGAAUACAGUUGGGUACCACGCUUAUUAAAAUCAAAUAAAUUGGUUUACAUUGGAUUGAGAGAUGUCGAUGAAGGUGAAAAGAAGAUUUUACGUGAACACAAUAUUGCUGCUUUUUCAAUGUAUCACAUUGACAAAUAUGGUAUUGGUAAGGUUGUUGAAAUGGCUUUAGAUAAAGUCAAUCCAAAUCGUGAUUGCCCUAUCCACUUGUCUUAUGAUGUUGAUGCUAUUGAUCCCUCAUUUGUACCAGCAACAGGUACCAGAGUCGAAGGUGGUUUAAGUUUAAGGGAAGGUUUGUUUGUAGCUGAAGAGAUUGCCCAACUGGGAUUAUUGCAAAGUUUAGAUAUCGUUGAAACUAAUCCAAUGUUGGCUGAAACUGAAGAGCAUGUGUUGGAUACUGUUAGUGCUGCUUGUGCCAUUGGUAGAUGUGCUUUAGGGCAAACAUUACUAUAA